AUGGAGAAGGAGCGGGCGCCCCCGCCGCUGGCCGCGACCCCAGCCCCGGAGGUGCUGGGUGACGUGCUGCGGGAGCGCUACGGUCCCCUGCCCUUGGCGGCCACCAUCAGCAGGAUGAAGAGGCAGUCCUCGGGCCGCUACCUGUCCACCGAGCGGCUGGAGGAGGUGCUGGAGAGGCGGCAGGCGGCCAACGCCAAGGAGAGAGAGCGGAUCAGAAACUUGAACAGUGGUUUUUCAAAGCUGAAGACGAUUGUGCCAUUGAUACCUAAAGACCGGAAGCCUAGUAAAGUUGACACACUCAAAGCAGCCACUGAAUACAUACGCCUACUCCACUUGAUCUUGGAAGAAACUGGAGGCUUUGAGAAACUAGAAGACCCUGCUGAUCAUGAGUUGCCUGACAGCAUUCCCAGGCCAGUGUCCUUCAUGGAAGGCUUAGCAGGGAACCCCCUGCCAAACAGUGCCAGCUCUUGCCUCAGGAAUGAAAAUGGGAUGAAUACAGCUUGGACCAGCCAUGCCACAGAGAACCCUGUAUGUGUGUGGGGGAGAGGUGUAUUACCUGCUUACCUGGGGAUUGUGCAAUUCCAGAAGAAUGGAAGGCUGGUAUAUCAAACAAACCCCUAAAGCAACAAACUCUUCUGAAUAGUCUGCAAUGUCAAACUCUAUGGAUACAGAGAACUUUGUUUUUCAAGAGCAGUUUAAAGAAAGAUGAGUUUCCCACUUCGUGGAUUUUUGAAUUUGCCUUAUGAAAAAUAUCCAGAAAGAAACCAAUAAACUACAAAGAGCUGAUCAUUCACUCCAUCUUGCUUUUUUUUUUUUUUUU